AUGAGGCCCAGCAGCUUCUUCGUCCUGGUGGUGUUCCUUAUCUUGGGGAUUCUGGUGGCACAGGCCACUGUCACCAGAGUUCCUCCUAAAGGGCAAGGCACUGACAAAGGUCGUGUUCCAGUCAAAGGACAAGAUCCAGUUAGAGGUCAAGAUCCAGUCAAAGCCAAAGGUCCUGUGUCCACUAAGCCUGGCUUCUGCCCCCACAUUCUGAUCCAGUGCGCCAUGAUAAACCCCCCGAACCGCUGUCUGAGCGACACCGAGUGCCCGGGGGCCAAGAAGUGCUGUAAGGGCACUUGUGGGCUGGCCUGCUUGGAUCCCCAGUGA